ACAUCUAGUUUUAAAAUUAUGAUUCAGUGCAGUGAUUCACUAACUGAAAUUUUUAUAAGUUUGAGCAGAUGUUUAUAGCGUAAUUGGGGUGACUUAUUAGUUAGUUGGCUUUUCAGAUAACAAAUCUAAUUAAUGUAAUGGAUAGAGUUUACUGGGCUUAAUAAGGAAACCAUUUGUGGCCCAUAUAACUCCAAAAAAUUCAAAAAAUUAUAAUUAAUUUUUUUUCUUUUUUUUUUUUUCCACAUUCCCCAACGCCGAGAAAGAGAGACGAGGAAGAAGAGAGGAACAGAGGAAGAAGAAGAAGGCGAAGCGACGACGAGAAAGAGACGAACGGAGAGAGAAUCUAAGACACGGAUACGUAUACUCUCGUCUCGUGUAUUUUUGUUCUCAUUAACGUUAGAGAAAAGUGAAUUCGCCUCCGAUUCCUUCGUCGCGAAACCUAAGCGGUGAGGGUUUCUUCAUUCCCCGAGAAGAUUUUAAAGAAAGAUCAUGGAUAUUUCAGAGAAGAUGGACCAACUGAACCAAGGCUCGAGCUCAUCUCUUACAAAUAAGCGAAAAAGAGGUCGUCCUCGCAGAGACGAUUGCCAGACUCAGCAACCAGUGAACCAACCUGUUAGUACUACUAUGGAUGACAAUCUGAUAGGUCAAGUUGUUUCUGGUGUCGUUGAAGGUUCUUUCGAGGCAGGCUAUUUUCUCAAUGUUAAGGUUGCUGACACGGAAAAGCAAUUGAAAGGCAUCGUUUUCUUACCAGAGAAAGUCAUUCCAGUUACCCCAGCUACUGAUUUGUUUCCCCAAGCUAAGAUGUAUGCAAGAGAAGAUUUCCCGCUUCCCUCGCUAAACCAGCAAGCUCCACUUCAGGGGAAGAAAAAUGCUGGGAAUCAAACUGAUGACCUCGGCUCUGAGCCUCAAACCGAUGCCUUGACUGCUGCUAAAAACCAAUCUGCUACUUGCAUCACAUCGCUGCCUUAUAAUUUUCCAAUGAGUGAUGGGGGUGCUGGUUCUGUGGCUAUCGGUAAGAGGAAUUAUCCUAUUGAUACACUGAUGAAAGAUGUUGAUGGCUCUUCUGCAGGGGAGAAACUCACCGAACCUGAAGGCCAAACCCUCUCUCUGAUGCCACAGUUUGCUAGUGAUGGUGCACCCAAAGAGAAUCAUACUGUCCUGAGAUCUGAAGCUUGUCCAGCAAGUAAGGAAGCAGUUACAGUCACUACUACUUCACCUAAAGAUUCAAUAGCUAAAGGCUCUACUACUUUGGUUGAUUUCUUUUCAGCACCUGAAACUUUGCGAAAGCAGGCCAUGGCUUCCAGCUCUACACUGAACCUUGAACUCUUUCAGAAUGAAACUAAUCGAUCGGGAACAGAGGAUGAGAAAUCUCCUGCAGAUGCUGAACCUCGUGGAGUGGAGGAAAAACCGGCUUCUACUGUUGAUGAUGUGCCAGAAGAGCUUCAGCUAGAGCUUGGCCACAAGAAGAUGAGUGCUUCAUCCAUUGCUACUGAAGCAAAACCUGACCAGAUUGCUUCAUCAAAGAGUGGGUUCUUGACGAAUGUGUUUGAUGGAAGAGAAGAAACAGCAAAAGAACCCCAAGAACGUAAUGCAGCUUCAGAGAGUGGCUUGCCAGAGGCAACAACACAAGUAGAUGGUAAGGAUUCUUGAAAAAGUGGAUGCAACAUCAAAGAAGCUGUUGGUAUUAUUGAAAACUGAACAGUUAUUUUGUUCCCUUCCUUUUGGUUAGAAUAGUUAGUAGAAAACGCUUAGUAGGCGGCUUUCUUCUCUCAUUUGUGGCAUUUUGGUUUUUUGGCUUUUGCCGAAGAAAAAAAAAACACUUAGGCUAAUUUUUUUUGCCUUAGUUAUGUUUCCCCUUAUGGUUAAGCAACUUUGGUGGUUCUCUCA